GUUUUUGAAAACAACAUGUUGCACGAACAAUGUCGAACGCCAGAAGAGCCAAGUGUUUAUCGCCAGCCGAUAAUAGCAUUCAGUUCAAUUUGAAAUACGAAUGAAGCCAAAUGUCUGUGAUCGUCGUGUAAUUCAGCUUCUUCGUUUACAACAAUUUCCAUUAUAGUUUUUAUUUUCUUUGUCUGCUAAAUUGGAUCUUGAUCACAUCUUUGCGCAACUAGUUUCAAACCAUUUGUUGGCUGGAACGUAUUGAAAUUUGGGGCGAAAAAAUUGUGCAAAUAAUACUCCUUCAUCGAAUUAUUAUUGUCUAAAACGACAGAAUUCAACACGAGUAUUUUUUUAAAUAUAAUUUAUGUGUCAGUGACAUUGAAAGUAACUGAAAAUUGAUACGGUGUUUUUUUCACCGGAAAUAAACAGGAAUUCCUAGUGUGGAAUAGUGAGAAAAAAAACACAAUUGAAUUUUUGUUGUAUUGAUUCCACGUGUGCGUGUGUCGGUCAAGUGUUAAUUUAAGUAGAUAACGAGGAGCCAGACAGCAAAAGCCAGUGAAAAUGUCAUGCUUUUCGAAAUUUUUCAAAAUUCACAAGUCAUUUGACUUGCCAGUGCUGAAUUCGGUGCCAGGAGUUGUAUCAAAAACAUUUUCGUUCCAGAAAAACACCGAAUUCGAUUUGGACACUAUCGAUAGCGAUAAAAUUUCACAAAAGAGUCGCAAAUCAAAAUACACAAGAAAUGGCAGCAUUCCAAAUAAUCGCAUUUCACCGAGAGGAUCACAAGUGACGAUGGAUUCAAGUCGUAUGUCACAAAUAUCAGAAAAGAAAGAGCCGCCGCCGCAUCAUAAUUUCGAAUAUGACAAAAUCCUUGAAACAACCGCGCUCGAAUUGCCCGAUUCAUUGUCAAUGAAAUGUGUGCCAAAGCAAACACUUGACGAUUCCUACUACGACGACGAAUAUCCACAAAUCCUGGAAGCGUCUGCGUCAAGUCAAUCUGACGAAAGUGAUCGCCAAAAAGCCGACUCAGGUAUUGAGACCGAUGAAAUCGAAGAAGCACAUAAAUCGGUUAGUUUCUCAGAGAAUGUACAGAUUUUAGGCGAGAUUAAAGUCAACGGAGAAAAAACACAAAAGUCACAAAAUGGUGCCGACACCAGUCAUAGUAAUUCGAGUGUAAUUGAUAGUAAUUCGGUGGGUGGUGAAAGCAACAACGAUUCGUUGACCAAUUUAGAUGAUACGAGUGAGGCGUUAAAUGAACAGAAUGAACCGCGUCCGCGAAUGAAACGAGAGGGUGUUAUUGCCGACAGUAUUGAUCAGAAAAGUACACGUGAUUUUGAUUUGGAUUUGAAAGUCUAUGAAAAAAGCGAAGAAACGGAACAUCUUAUCAAGUCAGCUAUUAUGAGUAAUGACUUCCUUGCGAAUAUGAUGGAUGAGGAGCGGCUACAAGCGCUUGUCAAUGCAAUGAUACCCCAAGUGCUGAAAGCAAAUAGCUAUGUGAUAAAAGAAGGUGAAACGGGCAAUCAGUUUUUUGUCUCGGCCGAAGGUGAAUAUGAGGUCAUCAAAGAAGGUGUUUGCAUCAAAACAUUUGGGCCAGGCAUUGUGUUUGGUGAAUUGGCCAUUUUGUAUAAGGCUCGUCGAUUUGCUUCGAUUAAAGUUACAAGGGAUGCUUUCGUUUGGGCUUUGGAUCGGAAAAUAUUUCAAAAAAUCAUGAUGAAAACGGGGAGCCAGGAGCGAGAGCAAAACAUGAAAUUCUUGAGUUCGGUCCGUGUAUUGCAAGGUGUUUCUGAUAAUGUGUUGCACAAAAUCGGUGAUUUAUUGAAGCGUGAAUUUUAUGCCACCGGCAGUACAAUCAUUCGGCAAGGUGAUCAAGGUGAUAAGUUUUAUAUAAUCCGUGGUGGAAGCGUGACUGUGACAAAACGAAUGGAUGACGGUGUUCGCAUUGUUGGUAUGCUCAAACGUGGUGAUUAUUUCGGUGAACAGGCAUUGAUCAACAAGGCACGUCGAAUGGCUUCGAUCAUCGUCAACGACCCGGGAACAGAAUGUUUGACGUUGGAUCGAUCCGCAUUCACAAAAUACUUGGGCACAAUAGAAGAGCUUAAGCAGAAACCAGUUGAUCAAAUUCCUGACGAAGAAAGCAUUAUCAUACCAACUCCGAAAACAAACGUCAUCAGCCCACUUUACGAUCAUAUUCAACUGUCGGACUUGGAGAUAAUCGGUACAUUGGGUGUUGGAGGCUUUGGACGCGUCGAAUUGGUGCAAUACGAUAAAAAAGAAACGUUCGCCUUGAAAAUACUGAAAAAAGUUGACGUGGCAACCCAAGGUCAGAUCGAGCAUGCAUACAGUGAAAAAGACAUCAUGUCAUCGUGCGACUCAUCGUUUAUUGUCAAGUUGCACAAAACAUAUCGCAAUCGAAAAUACUUGUACUUUUUGAUGGAAUGCUGUCUGGGAGGUGACGUUUGGACGCAGCUGCAAAAAACCAAAUUUUUCGAUGAAAAAACAUCGAAAUUUGUUGCUGCAUGUGUUGUUGAGGCGUUUGAUUAUUUACAUACACGUGGAAUUAUUUAUCGAGAUCUGAAGCCGGAAAAUUUAAUGAUCGACGCCGACGGAUAUGUGAAACUGGUUGACUUUGGAUUUGCGAAACGAGUCGGUCCGAAUUGCAAAACAUGGACUUUUGCCGGAACACCGGAAUACGUCGCGCCUGAGAUUAUAUUGAAUAAAGGUCACGAUCGUGCCGUUGAUUAUUGGGCGUUGGGAGUUUUCAUUCAUGAACUGUUGGUAGGGAAACCGCCAUUCCGUGGAAAAGAUCACAUGAAAACUUAUAAUUUGAUACUACGAGGUAUUGAUGUGGUGACCUUUGCGCAAAAAAUACCAAAAAGUGCACAGCACCUAAUCAAAGGCCUGUGCAGACAAACACCAACCGAUCGAUUGGGAUAUCAGAAGAAAGGCAUCGCCGAAAUCAAGAAACAUGCGUGGUUUGAAGGAUUCCAAUGGGAUAAACUGGAAGACAGAACACUUACGGCACCGUUAAAACGUCCAAUCAAAAAUAACAUCGAUCUAUCCAAUUUCGAUGAGUAUCCACGUGAUCGUGACGAACCUCCAGAUGAUAUUUCCGGUUGGGAUGCAUAUUUCUAAGCUGAUCCAUUUUGGUUCUACAUCAAUGUUAUAUAUUUUAUACUAAUUUCACUACUAGGAUAAUGCUACGCCUUAAAUUGUACAAUAAUUUUUAUUGUAUUCCUAAGAUCCUACUUACCACACUUUAUAUGUCGUAUAUAUGCUCUUGAGAAUGAGUUGCCGAAGUGUUUGCAAGAAGAAACUACGAAUCCGUCAUACGCAAAAGAGCGCAAUGAAAUUUUCAAAUUGAAAUGUUUGUACAUGCAAAUACGACUGGUUAUAUUGUCUUGCUUCAAUAAUUUUUUACCCUGAUUACUACAGAAAUGUGAUUAUCUUUUGCUUUCGACGGAUUCGAGUUUCUUUUAUUCGGUUCGGGUUGAAUAUUCAAAACAACUCAAGUUCCCUCCUUUGUGGCAAACAAAUUCGAGUAUGUCUCAUUUGCAAACAUACUAAGGUCCGAAAAUGCUCAACGGCUAUAUAACAUUCGAUCCAAUACGGAUAUGCUCAUUAGUGCAGGCACUAAUUUUCGAAUGUACUUUAAAUCUGAAUAGCGAAAACAAAAAAUAUAUAACCGACGUACCUUGUUACAAUUUUGCUGGGCCAUUGAAAUCCAGUUGCUUGUUUUUUUGUUUGAAUUUCCGUUUGGAAAUUUCUCGAAAUGAAAUUGAUAAACAUGAUAUAUCUGAUUGAUAGGGGGAUGAGAGUUGUUGAAAUGAAAAACACAAGUAUGUAUAGUUUUGUUUACAUUUUACUUAAUGUUAACAUACAAUUAUUACACGUAGACAUAGCAAAAUUGUCUGUGAAGAGUUGGUUUAGUAAAUGAGCGAGAGAGAGAGAGAGAGAGAGAGAAAGAAAAUUGUUAAAUAAACUUUUAAAUAACGAUUGACAAUGGCAAACAGAA